AUGGGGGAAAUCGAUGAUGAGGGUUUGCAGGAGAAUUUGGUGGAAGAAAGGAGAGGUGAUAGAGGUUGCACAACAUCGAACAGGUGGAGGCAUGAAGUAAUCAGAUGCGUGAAGAUGAUAGAAUCGAUGAAGAUGGAAUCAAUUUUAGAGAUGAGAAAUCAGAAGCUUACCAUCGAUUUGGAGGAUAGCGAUGGCGACGAGGAUGGAGGACGGAAGCGGCGACGAGGGUGGAUUAUGGCGACGUGGCCAGAGGAGAUCGAUGCAAAGGAUCAUACGUUCAUCUUCAUAUUCAUCAUCUUCUUCAUCUUCAUCUUCAUCUGCGGGUGUUCAUUCAUGGCUCAACUCCCAUCCAACCAACAAGUCAACCAAUUAAAAGAAAUCUUCACCCGCUUUGACCUAGAUUCCGACGGCAGCCUCACCCAUCUCGAACUCGCCGCCCUCUUCCGCUCCGUCGGCCUCAAACCAGGCGACGAAAUCGACACCCUGAUAUCCAAAUUAGACGCCAAUGGGAACGGAUCCAUUGAAUUUGAAGAACUAGUGAACGCCAUUUUUCCCGAUUCCAAUGAAGAGAUUUUCAUCGACCAAGAACAACUCAUGAAAGCCUUCCGAUUGUUCGAUAAAGAUGGCGAUGGGUCCAUUACUCCUAUCAAACUCGCAACCCAGAUGGCGAAAUUGGGCCACCCAUUAACUUACCGGGAACUUAAUGACCUGAUGAAUGAUAUUGACACCGACGGCGAUGGCAGCAUCAGUUUUCAUGAAUUUACGGCGGUGUUUGGGAUGCCGGCGUCGGAAUUCUUUGGAAUAAGAACGCUUUAA